GGAUUGCAAUGGCGGCAUACGAGUAGGCCCGUGAGGUUCGCAUUCUCAGAUGGAAGACGACGAUUCACUGCACCGGCUGGAGGGCAGCGACCCCGGCACGCAGGUCGGCGGUCUGAUCGUAAAGAAGAAGAGCGCGGCCUCGGAGCCCCAUGUCUUCCGUGUUCCCACGCCGCGCACCUCUCUACUCGGUCUGGAUCUGCUAGCGAUGCAGAAACGCAAAGAACGCGAGGCAGAAGAGGAAGACACGAAGACGAAGAAGUCCAAGGUGUCCUCUUACCGGGACUGGGAUGAGGGUAGGGGGGACUCCGGUUCUGAUGAGGAGGAGGACAAGGAAGAGAGUGCCGGUGAUAGGAAGGAGAGGAAAUACCGCGUGACCGGCUCAGAGACGCCCUCUAACCCUGGCGGAGUGAGUGAAGAGUUCCGGCGGAAAAACCAGCAGAGGGAGAAAGAUCGACGUGAGCACGGAGUCUAUGCCUCUUCCAAAGAGGAGAAGAAACGUGACCGAGAAAAGGACCGAGAGAGGGAGAAGAGCAGGGGCAGAGAGCGGAGGAGUGAGAGAGAUGAACGGGAGCAUAGCAGCAGCCGCUCGGAGAGGGGGGAGAGGAGCGAGAGGGGGGAGCGCUCUCAGAGGGAGCCCGGGUCUGAGCGCAGCAGCCGGGGCACCAGGAGAGAGGAGCCGGAGUCCCCCCGUCACCGCCCCCGAGACGCUCCGACGCCGUCUCGGUCCGGCUGGGACGAGGACGACAGCGGCUACGCUAGUUCCCGGCGCUCCCACUGGGAGUCGCCCUCCCCCUCCCCCUCCCUCCGGGAGUCGGACCGUUCGGAGCGUGGCCAUCGCUCGGUGCGUGAGAGCGAGAGGAGGCAGAACGACAGGUCUGUGAGGGGCCGCUAUCCCGAUGACACGCCCCUGCCCACGCCCUCCUACAAGUACAACGAGUGGGCCAAUGACAGGAGGCACCUGGGCUCCACCCCACGCCUGUCGCGCGGGAAAGGUAAGAAGGAGGAAGGGGAAGACGGCAUUGCCUUUGACAAUGAGGACGAGAAGCAGCAGUGGGAAGAGGACCAGAAGCAAGCGGACAGGGACUGGUACAUGAUGGACGAGGGCUACGACGAGUUCCACAACCCGCUGACCUCCAGCUCAGAGGAGUAUGUGAAGAAGAGGGAGCAGAUCCUCCAGAAGCAGACGCAGAAGCGCAUCUCUGCCCAGAAACGGCAGAUCAACGAGGAUAACGAGCGCUGGGAGACGAACCGCAUGCUGACCAGCGGGGUGGUGCAGCGGCUGGAGGUGGACGAGGACUUUGAGGAGGACAACGCUGCCAAGGUGCACCUGCUGGUGCACAACCUGGUCCCGCCCUUCCUGGACGGCAGGAUCGUCUUCACCAAGCAGCCAGAGCCGGUCAUCCCUGUGAAGGACGCCACCUCUGACAUGGCCAUCAUCGCGCGCAAGGGCAGCCAGCUGGUCCGCAAGCACCGUGAGCAGAAGGAGCGAAAGAAGGCUCAGCACAAGCACUGGGAGCUGGCGGGCACUAAGCUGGGGGACAUCAUGGGCGUGAAGAAGACCGAGGAAGAGGACGGUAAACCGGGCAAGCCGGUGGGCGAGGACGGCGCUGUGGACUACAAGGCGGAGCAGAAGUUUGCGGAUCACAUGAAGGGGAAGAGCCAGGCCAGCAGCGAGUUUGCCAAGAAGAAGACCCUGCUGGAGCAGAGGCAGUACCUGCCCAUCUUCGCCGUGAGGCAGCAGCUGCUCAACAUCAUCAGGGACAACAGCAUCGUGAUCGUGGUGGGCGAGACGGGCAGCGGGAAGACCACCCAGCUCACGCAGUACCUCCACGAGGACGGCUACACGGGCUACGGCAUGGUGGGCUGCACCCAGCCCCGCAGGGUGGCUGCCAUGAGCGUGGCCAAGAGAGUGAGCGAGGAGAUGGGCAUCAACCUGGGGGAGGAGGUGGGCUACGCCAUCCGCUUCGAGGACUGCACGUCGGAGAAGACGGUGAUCAAGUACAUGACGGACGGCAUCCUGCUGAGGGAGUCUCUGCGCGAGUCGGACCUGGACCACUACAGCGCCGUGAUCAUGGACGAGGCGCACGAGCGCUCGCUCAACACGGACGUGCUGUUCGGCCUGCUGCGCGAGGUGGUGUCUCGCCGUUCAGACCUGAAGCUCAUCGUCACGUCGGCUACGAUGGACUCGGAUAAAUUUGCUGCUUUUUUCGGAAACGUUCCCAUAUUCCACAUCCCAGGAAGAACGUUCCCAGUGGACGUCCUGUUCAGCAAGACCCCGCAGGAGGACUACGUGGAGGCGGCCGUGAAGCAGGCCCUGCAGGUGCACCUGAGCGGCAUGCACGGGGACAUCCUCAUCUUCAUGCCCGGCCAGGAGGACAUCGAGGUGACCUCAGAUCAGAUUGUGGAGCGUCUGGGGGACCUGGAGAGUGCCCCUGCCCUGGCAGUGCUGCCCAUCUACUCCCAGCUGCCCUCCGACCUGCAGGCCAAGAUCUUCCAGAAGGCCCCGGACGGCGUGCGUAAAUGCAUCGUUGCCACGAACAUCGCCGAGACGUCUCUGACGGUGGACGGCAUCAUGUUCGUCAUCGACUCCGGAUACUGCAAGCUGAAGGUGUUCAACCCUCGCAUUGGCAUGGAUGCCCUGCAGGUGUACCCCAUCAGCCAGGCCAACGGGAACCAGCGGUCGGGCCGAGCCGGGAGAACCGGGCCCGGCCAGUGCUACAGGCUGUACACCCAGAGCGCGUUUAAGAACGAGAUGCUCACCACCACCAUCCCGGAGAUCCAGAGGACCAACCUGGCCAACGUGGUGCUGCUGCUGAAGUCGCUGGGCGUGCAGGACCUGCUGCAGUUCCACUUCAUGGACCCCCCGCCCGAGGACAACAUGCUCAACUCCAUGUACCAGCUGUGGAUCCUGGGGGCCCUGGACAACACCGGCGGUCUGACGCCCACGGGACGGCUCAUGGUGGAGUUCCCCCUGGACCCCGCGCUGUCCAAGAUGCUCAUCGUGUCCUGUGACAUGGGCUGCAGCGCCGACAUCCUCAUCAUCGUCUCCAUGCUGUCCGUCCCCGCCAUCUUCUACCGGCCCAAGGGUCGCGAGGAGGAGAGCGACCAGGUGAGGGAGAAGUUCUCCGUGCCCGAGAGUGACCACCUGACCUACCUCAACGUGUACCUCCAGUGGAAGAACAACAACUACUCCAGCAUCUGGUGCAACGACCACUUCAUCCACACCAAGGCCAUGAGGAAGGUGCGGGAGGUGCGGGCCCAGCUGAAGGACAUCAUGGUGCAGCAGCGGCUGAAUCUGGUGUCCUGUGGCUCAGACUGGGACAUCAUCAGGAAGUGCAUCUGUGCGGCGUACUUCCACCAGGCCGCUAAGCUCAAGGGUAUCGGGGAGUACGUGAACGUGAGGACAGGUAUGCCAUGUCACCUCCACCCCACCAGCUCCCUCUUCGGCAUGGGCUACACCCCCGAUUACAUCACCUACCAUGAGCUGGUCAUGACCACUAAGGAAUACAUGCAGUGUGUAACAUCUGUGGAUGGGGAGUGGCUGGCGGAGCUGGGGCCCAUGUUCUACAGCAUCAAGCAUGCUGGGAAGAGCCGACAGGAGAACCGCCGGCGGGCGAAGGAGGAGAUCUCCAUCAUGGAGGAGGAGAUGUCGCUGGCGCAGCGGCAGCUGACAGCCCGGAGGGAUGAGCAGGAGAGGAAGAGUAACCUGGGCAGCAUCCGGUCGGUGAAGAUCUGCACCCCUGGCCGGAAAGAGGAGGAGCCCAUGACCCCGAAGCGCACCCCCGCACGGUUCGGCCUGUGAUCGUCUGCAGGACGGACUCACGGACUCACGGGACACUGACGGACUACCCCCCCCCCCCCCCCCCUUCCACUAGCCACAAUCGCCACAAUAAUAAUGUGAUCCGAUAAUCAUCGAAAAGGUCUGCCUUUUUGUGUGUGUUGCGUUGUGGAGAGUGUAAUUAAUGGGCCUCACCAGUAGGGGGAGCACAUGUAUAAGGCAGGAGCCAGCUGACGGAUCCUCACCUCCCGCUGAAUGAAAUCAUAUCUGUUUUCGUCAGUAAGCAACAACAGAACAUCUCAGCCUGCACCAUUUUGAACCCCCUGUGAUACAGAGAGAAAUAUUUAAAAUGAAGGCCAUCUGAAUGUUUUUGUUUUUUUCCUUUCUUCCCCCUCUCUUAUAACAGCAGGAAAGGAACGGUUUAAAUAUGGUAGUGUUUACUGUCGGUCGCUUUGUUUCUUCUGUGGAGCUGAAAGACCAUCUUAACAAGCAGCAGUUUUUAUCAGCCAUUGAAAUGUUUUUCUGUUUUUUUUUGUGUGUGUGUUUUUUAGAACUGGGCUUGAUAUUAUAAGGGUGGGAUUAUUAAAUGCAUAUUUUUUCGUCGUGGAACAGCAUUGCCGUUUGUCACAUCGACAUGCGUUCAUUUGGCCCAGUCUUGUAUCCUGUAGGCUAGUGGCAGCAGUACAGCACCGUGCAUCGUUCAUCAAAAGGUGUUCUUCGAUGAAAGGUGUGUGACGGAGGGGUAUCAGAGCGGGCUGCCUCAGAAAUACCCCUGAAUUUGCAUUUCACCUCCUGUUUAUGCCCACUUAAAUGGCAACAGUUUAAUAUGGGAACUUUUAGCCAGUGUGCGGUCAAUGUGCGCUCAUGUAGCAGUCAGUCAGGGGGGAAUAAACCUUUGCUGAGUUGUUAUCGAAGCGCUUUCUAAGUUACACAAGUGUCCAAGGUGUGUCCUAUGAGGAAAUUUAAAUGUGUGCUGAUCAUCAAUCCGUUUCAUUUGAGAGGUUCUGUAAUCGGUGUGAUCUCAGUGCAGUACAUUCGCUGUAAUGCUAGGUCCCCUCUUAAAUACCAGAGCUUGAAUACUGCUUUUUGGAUUCAGUUUAAACGCUUAAGUGUCGGUGGUUCAUUGAAAGUCAAACUGAACUGCCCAUAUCCCAUGCUGUGUGCGUGUAUGUGUGUCUGUGUCUGUGUCUGUGUCUGUCUGUCUCUGAGUUUGUCUUUGUCUGUCUGUCUGUCUGUCUGUGUGUCUCUCUCUCUCUCUCUCUCUCUCUCUCUCUCUCUCUCUCUCUCUCUCUCUCUCUCUCUCUCUCUCUCUCUCUCUCUCUCUCUCUCUCUCUCUCUCUCUCUCUCUCUCUCUCUCUCUCUCUCUGUGUCUCUCUCUGUGUCUCUCUCUCUGUCUCUCUCUCUCUCUCUCUCUCUGUGUCUCUCUCUCUCUCUGUGUCUCUCUCUCUCUCUGUGUCUCUCUCUCUGUGUCUCUCUCUCUCUCUCUCUGUCUCUCUGUCUCUGUCUCUCUGUCUGUGUCUCUCUCUCUGUCUCUCUGUCUGUGAGUGUGUCCAUCCUAUUGUAGCUCAAGGUCCUGCUCUCCAGCUCUCUCCUUCUGUAUUAUCAACAGGCUGCAUUGUCAGGAUGUGGAACAAUAAGGUUAUUAUUAUUAUUAUUAUUAUUGUUGUGGCGUCUCAAUCGUCACUUGCACUCUGCAGUGCCACUUGACAGGGACUUUUUUUGUGACUGUUGAUGUAUUUUUUAUUUUUUGGUAGUAUCUGUAAUUGUAAAUCGUACUGUUGUAUGAAUCUACUGGUAUAAAAUUGGCUCGAUGUGAUUUUCUGGUUUCCUGCUCUGCCUUUAGCCACAGAUUAAAAAAGGGCUUGUUUUUGUAA